CAGAGCACCUGCAGGGCCCAGUGCCCACCCUCUGGAACGAGCCGCCGGAGCUGCCCUCUGGAGCCGGCCCCGUGGACGCCACCACCACCACAGCCCGGUUCUCGGAUGCCACGGCCUUCCCGCCAUACACGUCCGAGCUGGAGCCUGAGGACACCACUCACCUGCACCGGCUGGAUGCUGGGGACGGGUCGCUGGGACCUGGAGCUAUCGGUGCCAUUGUCAUCGCCUCCCUCCUGGGUACCUCUGUGCUUGUGGCCUUGGUCAUCAUCACGCUGAGAAAGUUCUCUGCCUCCUGA